AUGCUGACGUCCGGGUUCUUGGAGAGAAUUACAGUAUUCAGAAUGUCGUAUUUGCAGGAUGAAGAAGAUUGUCGCCGUUUAACCGUGGGCCGUCUUUGGGUUCAUGUAGCCAGAUACCAGAUAGAAGUGUCUCGUGUGCCAGCCGGUUGUUGGGCUCUUAUUGAAGGAAUAGAUCAACCAAUUGUGAAAACCGCAACCAUCGCUGAGUUGGAUUAUGAGGAAGAUAUGUACAUCUUCCGCCCCUUGAAAUUCAACACGAAAAGUGUGGUGAAAAUGGCGAUUGAACCCAUCAACCCAUCCGAACUUCCCAAAAUGCUUGAUGGCUUAAGAAAGGUGAAUAAGUCUUAUCCACUCUUAACUACCCGUGUGGAGGAGUCUGGUGAGCAUGUCCUUUUGGGUACAGGAGAACUCUACAUGGACAGCGUGAUGCAUGAUAUGCGAAAGGUUGUUCAAAUUGGAUGGAACCGUCGACGAAUCGGAGAAUUCUUCCAGACAAAGUAUGAAUGGGAUUUGCUUGCAGCCCGUUCCAUAUGGGCAUUCGGACCUGACAUCGCCGGUCCUAAUGUUUUACUGGAUGAUACUCUACCAUCUGAGGUUGAUAAACAACUGCUGGGCACAGUACGCGAAUCUCUUGUACAAGGAUUCCAAUGGGCAACGCGAGAGGGGCCCUUGUGUGAAGAACCAAUUCGUAACGUGAAGUUCAAGAUGCUGGACGCUGUGAUUGCUAAGGAACCUUUGUACAGGGGAGGUGGCCAAGUUAUCCCCACAGCCCGUCGAUGCGCAUAUUCUGCAUUUCUUAUGGCAACACCUCGUCUGAUGGAACCCUACUUUGUCGUUGAAGUCAUCGCUCCAGCCGAUUGCGUAUCUUCCGUUUACACCGUGUUAGCAAAGCGAAGAGGUCACGUUACUACGGAUUCACCGAUACCUGGAUCGCCAAUGUAUUCAAUAAAGGCGUUUAUUCCUGUGAUGGAUUCGUUCGGUUUUGAGACAGAUCUGCGUACCCACACUCAAGGACAGGCAUUCUGCAUGUCGGUGUUCAAUCACUGGCAGAUCGUACCCGGUGAUCCUUUGGACAAAUCUAUAGUGAUCCGACCGCUUGAGCUGCAACCAACGCCUCACCUUGCCAGGGAGUUCAUGAUCAAAACGAGAAGGAGAAAAGGCUUAUCAGAGGAUGUCUCUGUCAACAAAUUCUUCGACGAUCCUAUGCUUCUGGAAUUGGCCAAACAGCAAGAUGUGUUCAGUUAUUCAGGGUUCUAA